AUGGCUUUCCAUCAGCCGACUCGACAGUCGGUCCAGCGCGUCGUACGGGCUCCUGUUGACGAACAAGAGAUCCCCCGGAGAGAGGUGCCAAUUACCCAAGAACGUGAACCAGAACAGUCGCAGACAUGGGUGCUCUUCGCGCCCACUGACGUGACAACAACAUCAUAUCUCACCGAAACGGAUCACUCGUUGAAAACUCCUGGGAGAUCACGAGUGGGAGAUCUGGGCAGCUUGAUCUCGGCUGCGAAAUCGGAGGCUGAGUCACGCCAAUAUGCCUCAGCAUCUGGUCUUGAUGAAGAGGAUGAUGCCGAACUAGAUAGUCUAGAUGGCCACUUGCCUGGCUUUCGCUCAAUAUCUGCAGUGCAGCAUCAGCCGCAAGACGAACAGCAGGGAUCUGGGCCAGUGUUUCCCGGCCACGAUGGUCUGGGAUCCUUCCACCUUGACCAGCCCACCUUGGGGGCCGAAGCGCAAGAUCACAUCUACCAAUUCGAACGAUUCAAUCCCAGACGGCAGUAUCAGCGAAGAGAGAGUUUUGAUCUGCGGCAACUCGAUGUAGAGCACGACCAGGUUCAUGAGGCAGAGAAGCGCCAAAGAAUCGAAGCUUGGCGACUGGAACACAGUCGAGUAUUGCUAGGUGAGAUUCAGCGCGAGACAAGGAGGAGACGAUUUUCGCAGGCAUCUAUUCAGAAACGUCCGUCCUCCAAUGUGCCUUCUGUACCGUCGGCCCUUGCGUAUGAUGGAGAAUCAGACAACAUGACGUGGCACGAUGAGGAUGCUAUUGGAACAUCAUCAGAUUCAGAGGGGUUCUUUUCUAAAGUCACCAGACGAUUCUUGCGAGAUGUAGUGGGAAUGGACGAACGAUCGAUUUCAGUGUUCUUAGGAGAAACGGUACUUGAAGAUGAUGAAGAUCUAUCGUCAACACCCCGCGCCUCCCAAACCUUGGGGUGGGAGUCGCAACACUUUGCCUCUAGAGAGGAGUGGCAGUUGGACAUGCUGGAGAGGAUGUCAAAGGAGCUUGGUUCCCUUGUCAGCCAUAUUUCGCACCAUCCUGGUGCAUUCUCAACCUAUACUCGAGUCCAGCAGAUGCCUCUCCCUUACGCUGGCCUUCCAAUCAUCCCAGAGUCAAACUCGUCUCAUUCCGCCACAGACAACAUUCGACCAACAGAACCCGAACACACGUCAUUCCCACAGUUCAAACCAACAAUCCAGACAUCAUCACAACCCAUCAACAUUCAUGGCAGAUCUGAACCAUCGGCCGAAGCAACACAAACAUCACGACAAGACACUCUUAUGAGCAACACUUUCACUCAGGAAGAAUGGGAGAAAGAUCUUGAUAUGAAACUGGUGUUCAGAUAUCUACGCUCUCGUUUCAUGCCACGAAGCAGCAAUCCGGCUCCAUCAACACCAGCUCACCUGGCUACGUCGAAUAGUCAAGACACAGCCGCAAAACUGGCACGUGUCCGUCAACACCACCCGCUGGUUUCACGCAUGCGACCUCCCGCCGAACGCCGAACUUUCAAAGCUACAACGCCCGGAAGUCCAGUGGCAAUUCGGCAUCCGAGUAGCUGCGCGAGUCAGAGUACCAGACGAUCCGCUCGCCGUAGUAGUGUCUCAUCUCGACAUUACUGGGACAUAGGUGGAUCUCUGGGUACAGGCUCUGUAAUCGCGUCCAACGGUCCGAUGGGUAGCUGGGGCGAAGUGUGA